AUGGAUGAAUUGAUGGGUAUAGAGGCAAUUGAUUUUUCUGAUGACCAAGAGGAGACCCAUGAAAACAUACUCACUCCUCAGGAGACUGAAACAAAGUUGCAGAGGCGUUCAAAAAUUCGUAUGCAAUUUUCUAAAAUCAUGUCGAGUGCGACAAAUUCAAAAGGUAUUAUUGGAACCUCUUCUUCACCGUCCCAAUUUCAAGCGAAUCUAGCUGAGAUUAGGGUGGAUUUAGGGGAGUCUGUGCGGAAGGUCAUUCCGAAGUUAGGACUUAGUGGUGAUCUUGUGAAAAUUGAGGAAGAAGAUAUCGAAGAUGAGGUUAGUUUCUGGAAUUCCUCAAUGGUGUGUUGGGUUUGGGGGGCUAAUCCUCAAAUUCAAGUCAUGGAUGGCUUCUUCAAGCGCAUUUGGAGGACUUCGGGGGUGGAUAAAAUUGGACUAUUGAAGCAUGGCCUCUUUAUAGUGCGGUUUACCUCUAUGGAGAGUAGAGACAAGGUGCUUGCAGGAGGAUAUCCUCUUUUUGACAAGAAACCAUUGAUGCUUAAAGCUUGGGACCCUAAUGUCUGCAUACAGAAGGAUGAUAUUAGAUCAAUACCCAUUUGGAUCCAAGUUCAUAAUCUGGAUCUAAAAUACUGGGGUGCUCGAUCCUUAUUCAAGAUUGUUGGGCAGAUUGGCAAGCCAAUUAGAGAAGAUUCGGCCACGAAGAAUAGAGAUCGUUUGCAGUUUGCCAGAGUGAUGGUGGAGGUAAGUGAGUCACAGGCUUUUCCAUCAUCCAUUAGUUUUGUGAAUGAAAAAUCUGAAAUGAUUCGCUUGGAUAUUUUCUAUGAAUGGAAGCCUACAUUUUGUUCAAUAUGUAAAGGGAUGGGACACGAAAAUACUGAUUGUCGCAAGCAACAGCAGAAUACAACUCAUGUGACAACAGUAUGGAAACCUAAGAAUGAUGUCUCGAUGUCUGAGGAACAGAACAAGGAAAACACGCCUGGGCUGGAAAUUUCAGGGAAUCUGGGUCUGGGGAACACUAAUGACACCACCACAAAGGAACAGAGCAUUGAUAAGGAAGGAUUUUAG